AUGUCUCAAAUUACCAAAGAAUCUCCAAGCUUCGUGAAUUACAUGGAGAAUGUCCCAGCGCCAUACCAUCAUGCGCAGAUGGCAUAUAGCAGAGAUGGUCUGUCCUGUGCAAUGAUAGCCUGGAUGCUAGACAUCGACACACGAGCAGCGAUAAAGAAACGCGAAUUCCAACGCACAUAUCAAAAGCUGUGUCUACACAUCAAACACCUGGAGACCACAUUGAAGACCAACCAAAUCAAAUAUACCCCAUAUAUCGCCGAGGAAGCUGUCCGAAACAUCAAUCAAGCGAGACAGAACUUCGCAUCUCAGGUCGAGGCCAAGUUCAUGGAUAAUGCACCCUUCCCUAUCACGGCGCCUAUUGAUCACGAGGCUGAGCUGGAUAAUACCGUUCCUGAUGCGCUGACUUUCGAACAUAAACUUCAUCAAUUGGAGAUGUUGCGGUAUAUGAAGAGAUUUGAUUUGGAGGCUUUGAAGGAUGUUGAGGCGACACCGAGGGGGAGUACAGCUAGUAUCAAGUAG